CAAUUUUCAUUUCUUGUCCAGACGGCUGAAGCAUUGGCCGUCCGCCCCGCUCGGCGAGAAGAGAUUCUCCGACAGGGCGACCACGAUCGCGCGCAUGGCGGCGGUGUCCAUGAAGUGAUUGUGUGGCGACACCCCUCCUCCCUUUUUCCUCAUCACCACCACGGCCUCAGUCAACCUUGCCGUUCUGUCUUAAUAGCCCCUCUAUCCUCUCGUUUGCUGACACAUCGACGUCUAGUCGACGUUCUCCCACACUCAUGUCUGCCUCGUUGUCGCCAGACGCUCGCGGCCUCGCUUCUGCUUUGCCCGCGCUCGAACAAGGCCCCUCCUCUGCUGAGCAGCCCUCUGAGUCCAGCCAUGUCAUGGAGACGAAUCCUUCCUCCGUUGACGACGACGGCAUCAAUGACAACGUGGUCAAUGACGAUCACGACAAGAGCAGCGAGAAUACCAUGAGCGACAGUGGCAACGCCGAUGAUGGCAAGAGCAGUGCCGCGGACACCAGUGGCAACGACGACCGCAUCAUGACUACCAAUACCAACGACAACGACAGUAGCAUCGUCGUAAAUAACAACGACAACGACGACAGCAGUGGUAGUAUCCUGGCUACCAAUGCCAAUGGCAACGGCAGUGACGGUGUCGUGACUACCAACGGCACUGACAACAGCAGUGGUGGUGUCGUGAACACCUUUGAUAACGACGGCAGUGGCUUGAGCUGUUUACUGCCUGGCCGCUUGAACGUUGAGGGCACUGCUCUCCUCGUCGCCGUUCUCUCCUGCAACGACGAUCUGCGCGAUGCACGCUCGACGCUCGAGUUCCUCCAGAAUCAUCGUACCUCUCUUCUACGUCAGGCUGCCCAUGCCACCGAGGAGCAGAACGCCGCCAACCAGGAGUGUGCGCGCCUCUGGGAGGAGAAGCUUGCGUCCAUCACGGUCCACCGUCGUGCAGAGGACGACUACCUGCGCAAAGCUGACGAGUAUCACCGCGCUGAGAGGGGACGCAUCGAGCUCUGCUACAAGCGUUAUCGCCUGGCCCUGGAAGAAUGUCUUCGCCACAGCCACGAGUGCCUUCGCCUCGACGAACAGCACCGCAAUGCUGAAGCCAAGUGCAACAAUAUCAACAACCAUCGCCAGUACCUCGAACAGCAGCGUUUCCGCAACGAACAAGCCAUCGAGAGCGCCGAGGAGCACGUCGAGGCCGCUGUCGAGGCCCACGGACUUGCUCAUGCUCGCCUGGUCGAGCACGCUGCAAGGAUUUAG